GCGCGCCCAGCGCGUUCCCGACGCUCAAGGUUGGAGGAGAAAGAAGGUGGUGGCUUCUCUCUUUCUCUCUCCUUUCCCUUCGCGGAAGUGGGAAGCAAGAAGUCGGAGUUGUGAAGUUGGGAUCGGGAAGGAAAGUGGGACGAGAAGCUCUUGCAAAGGCAAACCAACUAAUCGGGCUGGAUUUGGAGGAAAGGAUUUGGAAAAGAAGAAGGAACUCCUCCAGCCAAGUUUGGAAGGAUGAGCCGGGCUUGGUCAUGACAAAACAAUGGGGCCCUUUCUCAGCCCCGGCUGGCUUGGUUUGGGGUUCCUCCUGGGAUCGGUUCUGCCCAGAGUUUGGCCCACCGAAGUCUGCACAGGGACUGAUAUGAAGCUGCAACUUCCCUCCAGCCCAGAAAACCACCAUGCCACCCUCCGCCGGCUCUAUGAAUAUUGUCAAGUUGUGCAAGGCAACCUGGAGAUCACACACCUACCAGCAAAUGCAGAUACUUCCUUCCUUAAGGACAUUAGAGAGGUCCAGGGAUAUGUGCUGAUUGCCAAGAAUAAUGUGCUUAACUUGCAUCUGGAGAACCUCAUCAUCAUUCGUGGGACCCAGCUAUAUGAGGACAAGUAUGCACUGGCCAUCCUUGACAAUGCCGACCACAGUGGGAAUGUAGGACUGCGGGAACUGGGCAUGUUGAAACUGACAGAAAUCUUGAAAGGCAGUGUGAUUGUUAAAAGGAACCCACAACUGUGUUUCCAGGAAACCAUCUAUUGGGAUGCCAUCUUCCAUAAAGACAACAAGCAAAAUGACACAGAGAUCAGUAGCCAGCGACUUCGGCCAUGCCCUGACUGCAGCCAAAUCUGCCCCAAUGGCCACUGCUGGGGAGAAGCCAAAGGGAGCUGCCAGACAUUGACAAGCACAAUCUGUGCCAGCAGCUGUGCCAGGUGCAAGGGCAGGCGCCCGACAGAUUGUUGCCAUGAGCGGUGUGCGGCGGGCUGCACAGGACCCAAGCAUUCAGACUGCCUGGCCUGUUUGAACUUCAAUCACAGUGGGGUCUGUGAACUCCAUUGCCCGCCACUCAUCAUCUACAAUCCAGACACCUAUGAAUCAAUGGCCAAUAUCCAUGGGCGCUAUACCUUUGGAGCAACUUGUGUCACCGAAUGCCCUUAUAAUUACCUGGCUGCAGAGGUGGGUUCUUGCACUUUGGUAUGUCCUCAGAAUAGCCAGGAAGUGCGUGUGGGUACCAUGCAGAAGUGUGAAAAGUGCACCAAGCCCUGCCCAGAAGGUUGCUAUGGCUUGGGGAUGGGCUCCUUAAAGGGGAUUCGUGCUGUCAAUGCCUCCAAUAUCCAUCACUUUGCCGGCUGCACCAAGAUUUUUGGCAGCUUAGCCUUUCUGCCUGAGACCUUUGCAGGAGAUCCUGACACGAAUACCCCACCCUUGGAUCCUCAGCAGCUUAAAAUAUUUGAGAACCUGAAAGAUCUCACUGGCUACCUCUACAUUGAAUCAUGGCCAGAGACUCUCUCAGACUUGACUCCCUUCCAGAACCUUCAGAUCAUCCGAGGUCGAGCCCUCUACAACGGAGCGUAUUCCCUAACGUUGCAGCACCUCAACAUCUCCUCUCUUGGCCUGCGUUCACUGCAGGAGAUCAGCAGUGGGAUGGUCCUUGUCCACCACAACCCUAAUCUGUGUUUCAUCCAAAGUGUGCCAUGGGGAGAGAUCUUCAAAAACCCGCGGCAGACGCUGUUCCAGAAUGAUAACAGCCCAGUUGAGCAGUGUGAACUUCAAGGUCAGGUGUGUUUCCCACUGUGCUCCAAUGGACAUUGCUGGGGACCAGGGGCAACUCAGUGCAAGGCCUGUAAUGGUUUUCUGCGUGGAAAGGAAUGUGUUGAGACCUGCAACAUUCUGGAUGGAGAUACCAGGGAAUACGUCAGUGGAACACGGUGCUUUCCCUGCCACCCAGAGUGCAUGCCCCAAAAUGGAACAGAGUCCUGCAAUGGCUCGGAGGCAGAUCAAUGUGUGGCUUGUGCUCAUUACAAAGAUGGCCUUUCUUGUGUGGAGCGGUGUCCCAGCGGUGUGAAGAUGGACAACUCUUUUGUCCUCAUCUGGAAAUAUGCUGAUGAUGAAGCCCUUUGUCAGUUCUGUCCAAUCAACUGCACACAUUCAUGCGCAAUCCGAGAUGAAUUAGGCUGCCCAGUGGAUCAGAAACCUGGCCAGGCUACCUCCAUCAUAGCUGGAGUGGUGGGGGCUGCCCUUGCCCUGGUCCUCUUGCUUAUCAUCAUUGUUUGCAUCAACCGACGGAAGCAGCAAGAGAGGAAACAUACAAUGCGCCGUCUUCUGCAGGAGACUGAGUUGGUGGAGCCAUUGACACCGAGUGGGGCUCUGCCAAACCAGGCUCAGAUGCGUAUUCUCAAGGAGACGGAAUUGAAAAAAGUCAAGGUGUUGGGGUCCGGUGCUUUUGGAACAGUGUACAAGGGUGUUUGGAUUCCAGAUGGUGAGAAUGUGAAGAUCCCAGUGGCCAUCAAAGUCUUGCGAGAAAACACCUCUCCCAAAGCAAACAAGGAGAUAUUGGAUGAGGCAUAUGUCAUGGCAGGUGUGGGCAGCCCAUAUGUUUCUCGGCUUCUGGGAAUCUGCCUCACUUCCACGGUGCAGCUGGUGACUCAGCUCAUGCCAUACGGCUGUCUGCUGGACUAUGUGCGGGAGAACAAGGACCGUAUUGGUUCCCAGGACCUUCUGAACUGGUGUGUGCAGAUAGCAAAGGGUAUGAGCUACCUGGAGGAAGUCCGUCUGGUGCAUCGAGACUUGGCUGCCAGGAAUGUUUUGGUGAAGAGUCCAAACCACGUGAAGAUCACGGAUUUUGGCUUGGCCCGACUGCUGGACAUUGAUGAGACAGAAUAUCAUGCAGAUGGAGGAAAGGUGCCCAUCAAAUGGAUGGCAUUGGAGUCCAUCUUGCGCAGGCGAUUCACUCACCAAAGUGAUGUGUGGAGCUAUGGUGUAACUGUAUGGGAGCUGAUGACAUUUGGCGCCAAACCGUACGAUGGCAUUCCAGCCCGGGAGAUCCCUGAUCUGCUAGAGAAAGGAGAGAGGCUGCCGCAGCCCCCCAUCUGCACCAUUGAUGUUUACAUGAUCAUGGUGAAAUGUUGGAUGAUUGACUCAGAAUGCCGGCCUAAGUUUCGAGAACUGGUCACAGAGUUCACUCGUAUGGCCAGGGAUCCACAACGUUUUGUGGUCAUCCAGAAUGAUGAUAAAAUGGGUCUAGCCAGCCCCAUUGACAGCACUUUCUACCGCACGUUGCUAGAGGAAGAAGACAUGCAAGAUCUGGUGGAUGCAGAAGAGUACUUGGUCCCUCACCAGGGGUUCUUCGGUAAUGAGGCAUCGCCUGACUAUCGUUCUCGGAUACCUUCAAACAGAAGUACCACAGAGACUCAGCCAGAUGCAGAGGAGACUGGCGAAUCAGCUCAGAGUCCAUAUUUGGGCCCAUUGCUCCCAGAACAGCCAAACAGUGUCCUCACUAACUUGAUGCUUGAUGGAGACUGCGCAGCAAGCAAGGCAUUGCAGGACUCAUUGCCAGAGUCUAGCCCUCUUCAGCGCUACAGUGAAGAUCCCACCAGUCCUUCAACUAAUGAACAUGAGGAUCUGGAGGCUCAAAACUACAAUUCACCAUCUGGUUUGAUUCCAGAAUAUGUUAACCAGCCAGAAAACAACUUGCCUUCCUGCAAAAUUGUUCGACCGCCCGGGACUACCCUAGAAAAGGCAAAGGGUCAUUUUGGCAAGAAUGGACUCAUCAAAGAUCCAAAGAAUGCCUUCCCCAGCAGUUUCACCAAUGUGGUGGAAAACCCAGAAUAUCUGACGCCGUGCAACCUCCCUGUGGCUGGCCCUUUAUCCCAAGCCUUUGACAAUCUUUAUUAUUGGAAUCAAGACCCUUCCAAGAGCAACCCAGUAGAAUUCUUUGCUACCUCUGUUGCUCCUGUUGCCACCACUAAUGGUUUCACCACAACCCCAACUGCGGAGAAUCUGGAGUACCUCGGUCUUUCAGAAUCUGUCACUUGCUCCAAGGACUUUGCAUGAAGACCAUUCCCCAUCACCAGAGACAUCUGUUUUCAUAAUGAAGGCAGCUCAGGACACAAAAUUGUGAAUUAUUAAUUCAUGUAAGAAUGAGUAAGAUUCAUAUAGGCCUCUUCAGGCCAAGGAGGUUCCUUUUUUCUCUUCUUCCUGGCAGCUAGGCUAAGGCAGGGAUGGACAGAAGAUAGAUCUGGAUCUCAUGGCUGAUUCACAGUGCAUUACAAUGGAUUGCUGAUUCUCGGAGCAGCAAAAAUGUUAUACCUGACAUAUACACUUUAAUUUAUACUUCUCAAAUUUAUACUGAGAUGAUCAGGAGUGUGUUUUUGUGUGGGAAACCUUUGAGCAUCACUCAGUUCCAGCACUCAGGACUAAUUCCUGGGCCUAGAAUUAUAUUUUAUAUGUAUGACUAUUGCAUCAAGUUCUGGUUGAUGGGUCUAAGGGUUCAAGUAAAGGAAAAAUAAGAAAAUAGGACGCACAUGCCUAUAUGGGAUUUGUGACAGUUUCCGUCAAACGGCAUGCAAACAAAAUGGAGUGCUCCUCAGUUUCUUCCUCAUCUCUUCCUUGGAUUGCAAGACAGAAGGGGUCAGACCACUACUUGGAUUACUGCAUUUAGAGUUGAAACUUUUGGAGAGGGUGUUAGAGAAAAGCCACAGGAAGAUGUCCAUCCUGGAUUUUGCACUGACAGCAAGGAAAAGCCAUGAGAUAUUCUUUUGAG